AUGUCUCCCAAAUUCGAUAUGGCUACAAUCAGAGACAACGGUGUACAUGUGAUCGUUGUUGGCUUAGGUAUUGCUGGCUUAGCCACGGCCAUCGAGUGCCGGGAGAAAGGCCACUCGGUCACAGCAUACGAAAAGACGGAUAUUCUAAGGCCUGUUGGUGACUGUAUUGGAAUCGCAAGCAACGGAUCACGGAUCAUCGGACGCUGGGGCAAUGGCGCCGUAAGCGACAAACUAAGUCCGUGGCGAUUCACUGCCAAGAAAAUCAACAUAUCCAACGGCCAAGGCAGAAGAAUUCUGCAACAAGACCUGACAGAAGUGUGUAAAGAGACCAACUAUCUGAUCCCGCGCGCUCAGCUUCUCCGGACCAUGUACAACCAUGCACAGCAGAUUGGUGUCAAGCUAUAUCUCGGCCGGGACGUGACCGACACUUGGGAGACAGACACUCAGGCUGGUGUGAUAGUUGAUAACGAGCGAGUAACCGCAGAUUGUGUCAUCUGCUGCGACGGUGUACACAGCAAGCGACGUCGCGCCGUCACUGGAGAGAAUCUGGCAACACGACCAUCUGGGUAUGCGGCAUUUCGUGCUCUGAUUGACGGUGAGAAAGUAGCAGCAGAUCCUCGGGCAAAUUGGAUUGUCGAGACCAGCGAAGCCGAAGAUCGAUUUGACGUGUUCUUUGUCAAUGGCGCACAGAUAGCCCUGCAAACCUCGAAUCGUGGCAAGGAAGUCACUUGGUUCUGUAUCCACAAGGAUUCUCGUCCAUUGCUCGACUCUUGGACGUCGCCAUCUAAUCCUCAAGAAGUGAUUGAUCUCAUGAAGGAUUGGCCAGUUGGCGAUCGCUUAUUGUCGGUUAUCCGUCACACGCCCGCGAACAAGUUCAUCAACUACCCGCUUUUCGAACGUGAGCCUUUACCGACUUGGGUCUCCCAUGGAGGUCGAAUUAUUCUAGCUGGCGAUGCUGCACAUCCACUGUCACCUGCAGCUGGCCAAGGUGCCUCACAGGGAAUCGAGGAUGCGGCGGUCAUUGCGGUUUGUUUGCAACUCGCUGGCAAGAACCAAGCUCCACUUGCAUUGCGUGUGGCAGAGAAGAUCCGGUAUACAUUCAGAUCAUAA